AUGGUGGCCGACAGUGAACCUCCUGCCGAGAAUGGCGCGCCCGCUGAGCAGCGUGGCGACGCCCCGACCGACACCAAUCCCGCCGCGACGAGCAGCGAAGCCCCAGCUGGCGAUGCCGCCGCGGCGAACACUGGCGACAGAGGCCAGCCCUCCAAGAAACGCGCCAACGCCGGUCGAGCAGAGCGAAAGCGCGAGGCCAAGGAGUCCAAGAAGCGCCAGAAGCAGGACGACUGGCGCGAGUACAAGCGACGCAAGACCAACUCCCAGGGCGACCUGAUCGACAGCGAGGCCAAGAACCCCUUCUCCAAGGAGGAGAUUGCGGCCGAGGAGCGCCGUCCCAAGCGCAAGGUCGCCGUCAUGAUCGGGUACUCGGGCACCGGCUACAAGGGCAUGCAGGUCAACGGCGACGAGCCCACCAUCGAGCGCGACCUGUUCCGCGCCUUCAUCGACGCCAAGGCCAUCUCUAAGGCCAAUGCCGACGACCCGCGAAAGUCGAGCCUGGCACGGUGCGCCCGAACGGACAAGGGCGUGCACGCGGCGGGCAACGUCAUCAGCUUGAAGCUCAUCAUCGAGGACGAGGACAUCGUCGAGAAGAUCAACUCGUACCUGCCGGAGCAGAUCCGCGUCUGGGGUAUCCAGCGCACGAACAAUAGCUUCAACUGCUAUCAGUACUGCGACUCUCGAUUCUACGAGUAUCUCAUGCCGAGCUACUGCCUGCUGCCACCCCACCCGGCCACGUAUCUCGGCAAGAAGCUGGCCGAGCUGACCAAGGAGUAUGGGGCAGAGGAGGAGGUCGGCGCCCGGCUGGCAGAUGUCAAGGACUUUUGGUCGGAUGUGGAGGAGAAGGAGGUGAAGCCGAUCCUUGCGGCUCUGGACCCCGAGAUCAGGGCACAGGUGCUCGAGAGGCUACACGUGUCUGACGAAGAAGCUAAAGAUGCCGACAAAGAGGCACCUGCUUCGAGCAAGGAAGAGUCUGCGGCGGAAGAGAAUGACGCUGGGCCGAGUUCUACGGACGCGGCAGCAGAGUCCAAGCCCGUCCUUACCACUCACAAGCCCAAGCACCGCGAGCUCGGCCCCGUCGACUUUGCCCUGCGUGACAUCAAGACCGCCUACGUCGCUGCCAAGCGCCGCUACCGCAUCGGCACGGAACGUCUGCAGCGUCUGCAGGCUGCCCUUGACAAAUACGUCGGCACCAACAACUUCCACAACUACACCGUUCAGAAGCCCUUCUCCGACCCAUCGGCUAAGCGGCACAUCAAGUCCUUCAUCGUCAACCCGGAGCCUGUCAUUAUUGGUGACACGGAGUGGUUGUCGCUCAAGGUCCACGGCCAGAGCUUCAUGAUGCACCAGAUCCGCAAGAUGGUCGGCAUGGUCAGUCUCCUGGUGCGGUGCGGCACGGACCUCGACCGCGUGACGGAGAGCUACGGGAAUCGCAAGAUCGCGAUCCCCAAGGCUCCCGGGCUGGGCCUGCUCCUCGAGCGACCCGUGUUCGAGAACUACAACCGUCGGGCGACCGAUCUGCUGGACAGACCGGAGAUUGAUUUCAGCAAGUACGAAGAGCCAUUGGAGGCGUUCAAGAAGAAGCACAUUUACACGCGCAUCUUUGACGUGGAGGAGAAGGAAAACACUUUCCAUGCCUUCUUCAACCAGAUAGAUCAGUUCAAGUCGAACCACUUCCUGUGGCUGACUGCUGGUGGGCUGAGCGUCGCUGAGAUUUCCAAGACUGAGGGCAAGGUGCAAGAGGAGGUGGACAAGGAGCUUGGUGACGAGGACGAGGAUCCCGAGGGCGGCGAGGGGUAA